AUGUUCGGUUCUGUCUCACAGAAGCCUGAGUCAAAAUACAACCUCCUCGCCUUCCGCCGAUCCGCCGAUGAGCUGCAACGAGGCUUUUGCUGCAGAGGCACAGUGUUCCAAUCGUGGCAAGAGAGGCAGUGGUCAUCAGCGCAGCCUGAGGGCGAGGGAGACCGACACGCACACCGCCUCACACAGAUCGACAUUCGUUUCGAAUGGCCGACCGUCAGAAAGAUACGGAUGACGCGAGAGCGGUGUGUCAAGAGCAUGAACAGAAGAACUCAGCUGUCCGUCAAUUUUUUGCCUCCGACCGGACUGCUUUCCGCUCAACCUCGACUUCUCAGCGAAAUGCUGUUGUGA